UCCACUAUGCUCAUGCUAAUUGCCUGACUCAGGCUGCCGGUGACUCAUCCACUCUCCUUUAAAGCAGCCUUGGGUCCAGAGCAGCAUGAGUGCUCAGGGAGGAAGCCAUGGCUCCCGGAUUCCACUUCUGGGUCCUGGUCUGCUGGUCAGUGCUAACUAUGGCAGAAGGACAAGAUGUAGUGACCCCUCCUGUUGGCUCGCCAAACAAUGGGAACCCUACAGACUGCCAAAUCUUCACACUCACCCCUCCGCCCGCAACAGGGAGGCCUACAGUAACAAGGGCCCAACUCAACCCAAGGGUGCCCCUGUGGACUUGGACUUAUUUUCUGCAAAGGCCUGGCUUCUACCUGAGGCUUCCCAACAGACCUUUCCGCCUUCCAAACUACAACUACGGCUUCCAGUUAAACCGCUUCUACCUGCCACGAGGUAGGCUGAUUACUGGGAGGUACCUCGGAGGAGGACGGUUCCAGGGCGGAAGCUCAUCUGAGGAAAGCGUGGAGAAAUGA